AUGUUCGGUGCUCCCCUUGUCCGCGCCACCAUUAUGCAACAGCAGCGCCGCCCAAGCGUCUCCAACUUGCCUGCUAGCUCGGCUAUUCGCUCUGCAGUUAUGGCCAACCUAGCAUCUCAAUCGAAGCAUGGAUCCAACCAGUCCAGCGAACAAGUAGUGAACAGCCAAGCCCAAACCGCUGCUGCCAAGCCUACCUCUAAAUAUGUCGACGUAGACCCUCAAAUGUUUAUUGAUUCGCCAUUUGUUGGAGGUGCUACCCUGUCUCCUGCUACCUCUUACGAAUCAACUACCUCUCACAAGGGGACAUGA